GCUGGAAAAUCAAGGGUCAGAUUGGAAGUACUCAGCUUAGGCACAGAUCACCACUGGAAAGGACAGAGAGAGGAGGGUGGAGAGAGAGUAAAAGAAGGGAAAAGUUUAAUACAGGUACAAGAAGAAGAAGAAUGGGCAACUAGGGCAUUUAAGUAGGGCAAAAAAAGGGAAAGAAAGUACAAUAGAAAAUAGAAUAGGUGAGAGAUAUGGGCUGUCCAGUUCUUUGUGUUAUUCUGCUGUCCUCACUACUGUGCCUCUAUGGGGUACAGACUCAGGACUUGAAAGAACGGGAUGCACUCUGCAGCAAGGAUGGGUGCUAUGUGCUCUAUUUUCAGCGCAAGAUCUUCCUUGACGCUUGGCGGAGCUGCAAGGAACACGGAGGGAACCUGGCCACCAUCAGGCAUCCAAAGGAAGCAGCAAUGGUGAAGGAGCUCUUCUCGAAUGUGGAACUGAGACCACACCACAGAGGCAGGGCAAAUAUCUGGAUUGGCCUUCAGAGACAACCCCGACAAUGUUCACCCACCCGACCCCUGCUUGGCUUCUCGUGGAUCACUGGAGAUCAGGACACCCAGUACACUAACUGGCUGCAUGAGGGCUCGCCCAGUACCUGCUCAUCCCCACGAUGUGUGGUGAUGCCUUACAGCACUGCGGCCCAUGAGCAAGGGCAUAAUCUGAAAUGGAAGGAAGGACCUUGUUCGAUUUCAAUGGACGGCUACCUGUGUGGGUACAACUUCCCAGGCAUGUGUACAGCUAUUGCUAGUGAGGGAGGUGGGAAUACACUGUAUAGUACCCCUUUUAACCUUCUGAGUACCCUCUUAACACAUAUCCCGUAUGAAUCAGUUGCAAAUGUACCUUGUCCUGCUAAAGAUGACCAAUCAAUUCUGUGCACAAAAAAGGAAGAUGGAACUGUAGGUUGGAACAGGGAACCACCUUUUUGCUCUGAUAUGCCUAAGACAAGCUGGUGCGAUAAAGACAACGGAGGUUGCCAUCACUUCUGUAUUGAGGAUGACUCACAACACUACUGUGAUUGCAGUGAGGGCUUUCUCCUGGCUGAGGAUAGGGUAAGCUGCUUUCCGUCUGACCCUUGCAAUGGGGCUCAUUGUGAGUUUGAGUGCUUGCCUGUGAUGGAUGGCUACCGCUGUGCUUGUCCUGAUGGCUACAUGCUGGCACCUGAUGAACGGGGCUGUGUAGAUGUCGAUGAAUGCCUACAGAGUCCCUGUGAGCAUAUCUGUGUAAAUGCUCCCGGAUCCUUUGAGUGUCGCUGCCGGGAUGGCUACCGACAAGAUAAAGAGGGUGCCUGUGAAGAUGUGGAUGAGUGUUUGGACAACCCAUGUGAGUAUGCAUGUGAGAACACAUUGGGCUCCCAUAUUUGCCACUGCCAUCUUGGUUUUGCCCCAUUACAAGAGGACCAGAGUCGCUGUCACGACAUUGAUGAAUGUCAAAUUGAAGGAACAUGUGAACAGAUGUGCAUCAAUUACGCAGGAUUCUUUGAGUGCUACUGUGAAGAAGGUUAUACUCUUCAGUCUGACCAAUAUUCCUGCAAACCCAUUGGGGAGGACCUGGACACUCCCUCAACCACGGUCUCCAACCCAUGGAUUACUCACAGCCCCCUUUGGGAAUCAGUGGAUCCUGUUUACCCAUGGCUCCCUCCCCCUGAUUCUGGUUGGAACUGGCAGACUGAGCUGCCUAAUGUGGAGACAGUUCAGACAGACCUGAUUUGGACAACUGAAGAGGAACCUGAUAGGACUACAUGGACUGAAAUCUCCCCUGAGGUCAUUAAUGUUGAUGGUGACCUUAAUCCAGAACAACCAGCUCAUAAUGCUUUUUCUCCACCAGUGAUUCUGAUGCCCGUAACAGACUAUUAUGAGGAUGAGAGCACCAUGGUUCCCACAGUCCUCCCUUCCUCCACAGCUUCAGGCGGAGCUUGGAAUUGGCUCUGGUUCAGCUCAACCCAAACAAAACCUGAGACACAGGAAACUGCAACUAACCCUCUUGACCUUUUUGGAGAAUUUGAGUCUUAUGACCAAGUUCAUGAUAGUAUUCACAUGAAUAAUGAUGAAUCAACCACCUUUGGUCCAGGGCAACAAACUUCCACCCUGUUCCCAGUGCAGUCACGAGGAAUAGAGGAGGUCAUCAUUGAUAAUGACAACAGCAGUGAUCAGAGCCAAGGAACCAGCUGGCUGCUAGUUGGAUUGCUAGUGCCACUUUGCAUCUUCAUUGUGGUGAUGGUGGUUCUGGGAAUUAUCUAUUGUACUCGCUACACUGUUAAACCACAGAACAAGAACACAAGCGAUUGCUAUCACUGGAUUGCCGGUGCUGGUGAUAAUGCAGCUACUGACUUAUCUGGUAGCAUAACUAAAUCCCAUGUUUAAGCAAGUAGGACUGGACAGUGUGAAAAUGUAAAUAAAUUUUGAUUUUGUAACUUCACAGUAGCAAGAAUUCCGAGAGGAAUUUGAUGAAUUGAGGGUAGCACCCCAUUCUUUCCCUUUGACAUUUUUUAUCCAUAGUUAUUUAUUGAUGUUUAUCUGGACAGUCUGCUUAAGUGAAAAACGGGAGGUGGGGGACAAGGAGGAAUGACUCUAAAACCACUGAACCUCAUUCUCUGCUGUUCUCAUGAGGCAAUAAAAGUUGUUCUACUGUUGGUCA